GAAAAAUUGAACUUCCUCUUCAAAGUGUGACGGUUCUCUUGUCCGAUUGAACACGGUUGCACUUUCUUCUUGUGACCAAAUAUCCUGCUGAUUAUUCUGCAACAAGGAUGCACAUUUCGCAUGUGGUGUUGCUCUUGGCCCUUCUGGUCCUCGGCCACUCUUCACCUGCUGUAGAUAAGACGUGGGAGGAGUGGAAAGUCAAUAAUCGCAGGGUUUAUGACGACGAGAUGGAGAUCAGCUUCAGGAGAGCGGUGUGGCAGAAGAACCUGAACCUGGUGCUGAGACACAACCGGGAGGCGUCAGCAGGAAAACACAGCUUCACUUUGGGCCUGAACCACCUGGCGGACAUGACAGCCGAGGAGAUCAACGAGAGGCUGAACGGUUUGAGGCCGGAGGAGCUGCUUCUUCUCAGGAACGACACGUUCAAGAGAGCGAGCGGCUCGGCGACGCUUCCGAGCGUUGACUGGAGGAAGUCGGGCUUGGUCAGUGCUGUGCAGAACCAGGGCUUGUGUGGGUCGUGCUGGGCCUUCAGCUCUCUGGGGGCUCUCGAGGGGCAGAUAGCGAAGCGGACCGGCGUCCUCGUCCCCCUGAGUCCACAGAACCUGCUGGACUGCAGCACCAUCGACGGCAACCAUGGCUGCAGAGGAGGAUACAUCUCCAAAGCCUUCACAUACGUCAUCCGCAACGGAGGCGUCGACUCCGAGAGGUUUUACCCCUACGAACACAAGAACGGGAAAUGUCGUUACUCUGUGAAAGGAAAAGCCGGAUUCUGCUCUAAUUUCCACGUCCUGCCACCAGGGGACGAGCGCGCUCUGCAGGAAGUGACGUCCUCAGUGGGACCGGUCGCUGUGGCUGUGAACGCCAUGCUGCCGUCCUUCCACCUGUACAGAGGAGGUUUAUACAACGUCCCCAAUUGCAACCCGAAGCAUAUAAAUCACGCCGUCCUGGUUGUGGGCUACGGCACCGACAACGGACAAGACUACUGGCUGGUGAAAAACAGUUGGGGAACUGUGUGGGGAGAGAAAGGCUUCAUCCGAAUAGCGAGGAACAAGAAUAACCUCUGCGGCAUCGCCAGCUUUGCAGCUUAUCCAACUCUGUGAAAACGUCACCGGAAACAUCUCAUCAUCAUCUUUUUUUGUAUUCAAUGUCAAAGAUGAGAUUGUAGAUGCUGUCCUGAAUGUUAAAAAGAAAUCACAAAAAGGUAAAUUUCACAAAAAUGAUGCUUUCUGCCAUGGUGGCCUUUCUUACAGAUGAUUUUAAUUCUUGAAUGAUAAUCAAGGAAAACUUGCUUUGUACUCUUUUGCAUAUCUCAUAAGUUUUAAGUGUAUUUGUGAUAUUGUGUGUUUAUUUGAAUCACAAUGUCCAUGAUGUAAAAUGUACCCAAUUGAAUAAAACAAUGACU